GUUAUUCUAAAAGCUGGGAAGUGUGCAGUCAGCUUGGGCAAUCAGAAGGCUACCAGGAUUUGGGUAUGCGUCAGGAACUCAUGGCUUUUGCUCUGACGCACUGUCCCCCAAGUGCCAUAGAGGCGCUGCUGGGAGUGAGCAGCUCGUUGCAAACCCAGAUUCUUUAUCAGGCUGUGAAUUAUCAGUUCCUUCCUUCAGAAGGAGGUGAGAAUAUGAAUAUCUCAGGACCUGCUUCAUUGAUCAGUAAGGAUUCAGAGGAUGAAACCAGUGUCUCCUCUGGCCAGUCUGCUGAUCUGUUGUACUGGACCACAUCAAAAACCAUGAAGGUGUUGUCUAACACAACUACGACUACAAAAGCCAUGCUGCAUGCUGUCAGUGAUGGACAGUGGUGGAAGAGAUCAUUAACUUAUCUUCGACCAUUACAUGGCCAAGAACUUGGAGAUGUAUUAAAAAGUGGGCCUGGACAAAAUGCCGCUGUGGAAAAGCAAGGCUGUCAUCCGUUUUAUGAAUCUCUAAUUGCCGAUCCAUAUGUUGCAGAAUCUGAAAUCAGCUAUGGCACAUACCAGAACAAUUCUUUGGAAAGCUUUGCGGAAGUAUUGCUGAGAACAGAGAAACUAACAGAAACAAAGAGUGAAGGGAAAGACCUACUUCCUACUACAGAAGUUCUGCUACAGCUGGCAGGUGAUGCUUUACCGAAUGAUAUGGCCUUGUCUCUUGCCUAUCUGCUUGCACUGCCACAGGUGGUAGAUGCCAGCAAAUGCUUUGAAAAGCAAUUACAUUCUGCGUUAUCUCUCCAGCUGGCAAGUUAUUACUAUAGCCUGCAGAUCUACGCUCGUUUGGCACCAUGUUUCAAGGACAAAUGCCACCCUCUCUACAGGGUGGAUCCAAAAGAGCUGAUUCAGAUGGUCACAAAGCAUGUUACUCAGUAUGGCUCUACAGACUGGCCCGAAGAAAUUGCAGCUUUGAUAAAGCAGCUGCAUUACUACAAUGAACGUCUGCUGGAUUUCACUCAGGCUCAGAUUCUGCAAGGACUUGGCAAAGGGGUGGAUGUGCAGAGGUUUACAGCAGAUGGACAGUACAAGAGAGAGACAAUACUAGGAUUGGCAGAAACACUUGAAGAAAAUGUCUACAAGAUUGCUGUUUCUUUGGCUCAGCGAUACAAUGUUCCACUUUGGGAAGUUUAUAUGACCCAUCUGGAAUUUUUAUUCACCGACAGUGGGUUAUCAACUCUGGAAAUAGAAGAAAGAGCACAAAGCCUGAGUCUCUUUGAGACUUUGAAAACCAAUCCUGAAACCUUAUAUGAACACAUGGUUAAAUAUGUUUACUCAAGUAUUGAAGGCACAGAUCACCAGCGGUUGCUUUAUUAUUUUACUCUCCUUGAAAAUUGUGGUUGCUCGGAAGUGGUGAAGCACACUGUUAAACCUGAAACUCACAUCCGACUCUUGAAAAAAUUCAAAGCAGUUGCACCAGGUUUGAAUUACAAAAAGCUAACAGAUGAAAAUGAAAACCCUCUGGAAACACUGCAGCCCGUUCUUACAAGUCAAAAUAUCCUGUCUAUUUCCAAACUGGCUCCUAGAAUUCCUAAUAAAGAUGGCAGCAUGCUGUCACCAAGCUCUGUUUAUACUGUCUGGCUACAAAAAAUGUUUUGGAAUGGCGAUCACCAUCUCAUUAAAAAACCACCAGAAACCAUGGAUGAGUGGCUACAUGCAUAUGAUAUGUGUUCAAAGUACUUGGACAGACUUGAUCCAGAUGAUAUUGUCACUUUUAUUGAUGAAAUUACCUUUUCCUCAAAAGCUGUCACAAAGCUGCCAGUUGAAGCCAGGAUGGAAGUGACUAAGAGGGCUACUAAGGCAGUCAAACAUCUUUCUGAGAAGUCAAGAAAAAAACCUUGUGAGAGUGGCAUGGAAGGUGCCAAAAAUCCAUCUGUUGCUUAUGAAGAAACUCUGAAUCACUUGCAGCAAUCUCUUGCUCAUCUGGAAACACUCACUCAUAGUUUUAUCACUUCCCUGAAAAACAGUGAAGAGGUUACACUGCAGAAGUAUGGCUAUUUCUAUGAUUUGUCAAGGUCAGAGAAAGAAAAAAUCCAUGAGCAAGCAGUAGCUAUGUGUAUAGAUGGUCAGCCCCUGGACAUGAUACAGCAGUUGUUACAUGUGGCUGUUGGAGAUCUUGGUCUUUCUCCCAAGGGUAUUGUCCAAUGUGCUAUUAAAAAAAUCGUAUCUAUAUUAAGUGGAAAUGAUGGCUCAUCUACAUUAAUGAAAGAUCCACUUGGUAUCCUAGAAGGCAUCGUUUCUGCAGUGCAUGCAAGUGUCGAGAAAGGGGAGAAAGUAGUCUCUUCAGAUGACCUUCUGGAGUGGCUGAGACCUUUCUGUGGUGAUGACUCUUUAGCUGUGAAGCCUCGCAUCGAAGUAUUGCAAAUCCUGGAGCAAGCCUUCCAUCUCAGUGAUGAGGAUAGCAAGCUACUUGUCUACUUCAGGACACAAGCUGUUCUCAAAGCUUGCUGGCCUGAAACAAAGGUAGAGAUAACAGAUGUUGAAAAUGAAGAAAAAAGAUAUGAUCUGUUCCUGAGACUUCUAGAGUCAAGUCACAGCCCAGCUGAGUUUCAGCACUUGGUUUUACUCCUUCAAGCUUGGCCACCGAUGGACAUGAGCAACGGAUCUCGCACAGAUGAUAAUCCUUGGGUGAAACUGGGGACUGUUAUGCUACAGAGAUGCCCACCUGAGGAAAAGGAGAACACAGGAAAUGAAAUUUUGAAAAUCUGCCGCUCUUUGUAUGACACAAAGCACAUGCUCCCUGUAAAGUGUAUAAAAGAAUUAUGUUUGCUGCUGCUUAACCAACCUCUCCUGCUGCCAUCCUUGAAACUGCUGGUAGAAAGCAAAGAUCAAGAUCUUCAUGCUGUGGCAUUGGAGCAGAUAACAGCUGUUGCUAAGGUUGAUGAUUCCAAUUGUGAUGCUGAAAUACUUUCCUUGCUCCUUGAUGCCAAGUUAGUGGUGAACUGCAUAUCCACUGCCUUCUAUCCGCGCCUUAUUGACCACUUGCUGGCUGACCAGGGAGAAGGAGGCUGGGAUAUAGAGGAAAUAGCUAAACAACUUAAAGAAGCCGGGUUCAAUGCAGAGGCCGGGUCCCUCUUAAUGACUCAUCGACGGACUCAUCCUGCACUCAGGACUUUUACCACUGCCCUCCAGGCUAUUCAGCAUUGGAUCUAA